AUGUUGCUAAGGGGCUGGUUGCUGCUGGUUGCUGUUGAAAUGAUGGUGCUGGAGGAGGCAGGAGGGGCUGUGGAUGAAGAGGGUUCAGCUGCAGAAGAUGUGGGCUGUGCAGAAGCUGCUGGGGCUGAAGUUUUUGGGUUUUUGGGUGGAGGUUCUGACAUUGGGGUGGUGGGUGGUUCUUUGCGCUUUGAGAGAGGAGUGGCUGUGGGAGGUGGUGAAGGUGUUUCUUGUGGAGGGGAAUCGGGGUUGGGAGGCCGCAUUGACAAUGGCGAAACUUGGAGAGGGGAGGUUGGAGGGGAAUGGGGAGGCGACUCCAUUGGGUUGCCAAUGGUGAGGAUGAAGGAGAUGAGGGAGAAAAUAAAAGAUGCAGGGGGUAGUUGGGGCUAG